AUGGCCGCUGCCGCCGCUCCAGCGCCUGCCACCAACGCCGCUUCCGCCAUCUCCAAACCGUCCAGCGCUGAUGCUCAGUCCGAGCUUGACCGUGCCGCUCUCGAAGCUCUCGAGCUCGAUUCGGACGUGAUCACCUCUGUCCGUCUCGACGGCUUGGCUCUUACUAAAAUCGUCAAGCACUGCCGCGAUGCACACCCUGCCUCCGCUUCGGGUGCCCUUCUCGGCAUGGAUCUCGGCGGAACUCUAGAGGUUUCCAACGUCUUUGCGCUUCCCAACCCUGGCCGAAGCAACAGCGAGCGCGAUGAAGAGGAGGACCGAAGCAGUAGGAAUGCCACCAGAUACACCUCGGACAUGGUCCGAUUGCUGCGAGACGUCAAUGCAGAUGCCAACCCAGUCGGUCUCUACCAGGGCUGCUUCCUGGGCGCCUUCCUCAACUCGUCUGUCGUCGACGGCCUUGCCGCCAUCUCUGGACUCGUGGAGCGCGACGGUGCCAGCGGACGUGGCAAGGGCGUUCUCAUCGUUCACGACCUUGCCCAGUCUGCCCAGGGCAACACUUCGGUCAAGGCGUACCGACUUUCGCCUUCGUUUGUCGAGGCCCAGAAGAAGGGCAAGUUCCACACGCAGAGCCUCAUCGACCACAAGCUCACCUUUGCCAACAUCCUCAUCGAAAUUCCCGUCUCUCUCCGUAACACUGCCCUGCUCGACGCUUUCUUGAGCAGUAUCUCCACACCUAGCGCAUCCGGCCCCUCGAUCGUGCAGCCCAGCACAUCGGAUCUGUUGCGCAACCCACCCACCGCCGCUCUCACACCCUCCUACACUUCCCUCAACCUCGCAUUGGAGCCCGUCCUCGCGUCGUCGCUCGAGUCGACGCUCGAGAUCAUGGACGAGCAUGCCGCCGAGGCUGGCAACGUCGGUUUCCAGGCCCGACAGCUCGCACGUGAGAAGGCCAAAGCUGAAGCUUACCUUGCCCGCAAGAAGGCCGAGAACGCAGCACGCGAGGCGCAAGGCCUGGCACCGCUUCCCAUCGAGGACGUCAACCGUCUGUUCAAGAUCCCUGCCGAGCCAUCGCGUCUCGAGGCCACCUUGCUCCUGGGUCAGAUGGACAGCUCGGCGAAACGUCUUGCCGAGACUGCCGCUCUUGGCGUCAUUCAGCUCAACGCCGCUAAGACCGGUGCCGUUUAG